AUGACCGACGUCCGAUCCCUUCUUCGGAGUGAGCUAGCUUCGCGCAAGGGCACAUCCCAACCAAAUACGACAGGGAAUCGGGUCACCAAGAAGCGCAAAGUUGACAGUGGAGAUGCUGUGAUGCGAAAGAAGCUCCGCGCGGCCGAUCUUGAUGCUAUCCAGUCGACCUCUAACGCACCAAGCACAGAGCAAACCACCGAAGAUGAAGGUGCAGAGCAAGUCGAAGAUGUCGCGGGCCCAGAGCCCCCAGUUGACGGGCCUGACGAGAUUGUCGAGCCAACACAAGUUGCACAAGAAACGACAACUACGGCGCCAUCACAACCCCAGCCUAUGGCUGUCGACGAAGAUGAAUGGGCGGCAUUUGAACGAGAGGUCGCCGCACCAUCUCGUGUACCACAGGCACCGGCCGCUCUCUUCGCGGAGGCUACGAUAUCAGCUGCGCCAAUCACCGCCGAAGAACUUGCUGCGCAGCAAGCACGAGAGAAGGCUGCUGCCACCAAAAGCCGAGAUGCGGAGCUGGAAGGCGAGCGCGAGGAUGCCGCGCGGUUUAUGGAAGAGGAGUUCGAUGAGAUGGAUCAGCUUGAGGAGCGGGUGCGGAAACUCAAGCAAAAGCGCGAGGAGCUGCGCAAAAAACGCGCCGAAGAUCAGGCACGGGAUGAAGCGAUGGGGUCUGCAUCGGCGGAGCAGGACUCUGCCGAAAGCGAGAACGACGAUGACGACGAUGACGAUGAGGAUUGGGAUGACUGGCGAUUGAAAUGA